AUGGAUGAUAGCUUGUUUGAUUAUAACAAUACGGAAAUUACAAAUUAAAUCACAGCAAUUAAUCUAAUUAAACUGAUCAGUUAAUUCAAUUGGUUGUCGUUGAAGUAUUAAUAAGUUUCGUUUGAUGUGAUUCUGACUCUUUCAGUACGAAUCGCGAUGUGCGUUGUUUGUGUUACUUGACAUGUACCUAUGUUUGAGAUUUCCUAAAUAGAGCUUUGAUGUGUUUAAAAAUAACAUAGUUGUGUCGCGACGGAUCUGGCGGCCGCGUCUGAUCUUGUGAAUCGAGUUCUUCACCAUGGUCGCUAAGUCUGUGCUUAAUUUUACUUUGCUUGUACUAGGUAUACAAGGAUCAGUGCUAGGUGCACCUCCUAUGGAAGAAAACCUACCACCCAGACCAAAAGGAGGUGGAGUAGAAACUAAGUUCUGUGAAUUUUUUAAUGAUUCUUCAGUAUGUGAUGAAACAAAAAAUCCCAACUGUCCACCUCCUGAAGUGAAAAGGGAUGAAUGUCAAGCGAUAGAAUCAGACAAGAGUAACCAUUGCUUUACUCUAUGGCAUUUCAACAAUGAAACAAACAAAGCAACAGUAAAAGUUAAAGGAUGUUUUCUUGAUACAGUAGCAUGUAACGACAGAGCAUCGAGUUGCAGAUUGCACAAUGUUAAACUGCCACUAUUACAUUGCUGUUGCGAAGGUGACAUGUGUAACGAGAACGCAACAUUCCCAGGCUUAGAAGCAGGAAUGUCAGCACAGACUGAGUUACCACCGGAGAGAAUACCAGCAUCACCAUUGCCAACCCCUGAUGAUGAUACAAAAGCUGUUAUUGCGUAUACAUUGACACCUCUAUUCAUACUGUUUGGGGUUUUAGUUGGAUGUUACUUACUGUACAGAAAACGCAAAGGUAGCUCUUUUGCUGAAUUGGCAAAUGGUGAAGCAUCAUUGUCCAGACCACCUUCAGCAGGUGCGGGUAUGGAUCACGAAACUGGUGGAUUGCUAAGUCAAGUUACGUUAUGCGAGGUUCGAGCGCGAGGACGAUUUGGUGCAGUUUGGAGAGCAAAGUUAGGACCAAAAGAUGUUGCGGUGAAAGUUUUUCCAUUACAAGACAAACAGUCAUGGUUGGCUGAACAGGAGAUAUAUCGCCUUCCAAGAAUGGAUCAUCCUGAUAUUUUACACUAUAUUGGAGUUGACAAAAAGGGUGAUAAUCUACAGGCUGAAUAUUGGCUUAUUAGUGCAUAUCAUGAGAAGGGUUCUCUAUGUGACUACUUGAAAGCACAUACCCUAACCUGGGCUGAAGCUUGGCGUAUAGCAGCCUGCGUUGCUCGAGGCUUAGCACAUCUUCAUGAAGAAGGAGGUGGUAAACCAGCAGUCGCUCAUCGGGACUUCAAAUCAAAGAAUGUGCUCUUAAAAUCUGAUAUGAGUGCUUGUAUUGCUGACUUUGGUCUGGCAUUGAUCUUUGUCGCUGGAAGAGGCUGUGGUGACGCUCACGGUCAAGUCGGAACCCGAAGAUAUAUGGCGCCUGAAGUAUUAGAUGGAGCAAUCAACUUCACUAAAGAUGCGUUCCUAAGAAUAGAUAUGUAUGCGUGUGCGCUUGUGUUAUGGGAGAUUGCGUCAAGAUGUGACGAAGGUGGUGUGGAACCAACCGCUCAGUACAGGUUACCCCUUGAAGAGGAAGUUGGCUCCCAUCCAGGAUUGGAGGAGAUGCAGGAAGCUGUUGUACAAAGAAAAUUGAGACCACACAUCCCACCGCGAUGGCGAGAACAUCCAGGACUAUUUGUACUUUGUGAUACAAUGGAGGAAUGUUGGGAUCAUGAUGCAGAGGCGCGACUGUCCGCCUCGUGCGUGCUCGAGCGUGUCGCAGCUCAGAGACCACCAUCAGCAACAGCCCCCGCCCCUCCACCUUUCACACACGACACCACCCCCCUGCUCAUCCACGAGUUAGCUGAACAACAAGUCUGCUGACCAGUCGCACAAGAUCUGCCCCUGAUUGAAUUAUAAGGGUCAGUACAACGAAUUUUUAUCAUGUUUGUGGUACCUGUGAACUGCAAUGAACUCCUUCCUAUUGUUCCUUUAUUUGUUGAUAAAGAAACAAAAAUGUUAAGUAGAAAAUCACGGUUUUUUGUUUUAGAUUCAAUUUUUGAAUCUAUUUGAUUUGAAAAAUGUUUAAAAUUUGCCCAUUUUUUUCAUCAAUCGUAUUUGUAAUGAUUGUAUUAUAGGAAUCAUUUUUUUUUAAUUAUUUUUCAUCCAAUCAGUAUUGAAAGUACAAUUAUUAUAAGGGAACAUGAAAGUUU